UCUGUCACUGUCUAACGGGAAAUCGCGAAAAAUCGUAAAAUUUCUUUUGUUGAUAUCGAUCGUGCGUCGCGUAAAAAAAGUGAAAAUUCGAGUGUUUUUCCGGGUGAUUUCGGUUCGCGGCCGGUUCCAAACGGCACCACCAUGCAGCGGUCCAUCGGGGACGAUUCGGAAGGUGGUGAAAACGGGGAGGAUCUGGCGCUGGACGGCAAUCCCACAGUCGCAGUCGGAGGAGGUUUGUUUGCUGGGAGCAGCAGUAGCACCAAUUCGGAAUCGCAAACUGGCCCGACUGUGGACUACAGCGCCAAUGUAGCCAAUCAGCAAAAUCAAUCCCUAUCGGAGCCACCGUCGCUGUCGGACGGUGCUUUGUCGUCGUCCGUGGGAGGAGGUUCCAGUGAUUCCACGAGCAUCAUCAUUACCAACAAUGUACGCAAUUCGAUAAACCUCACCAGCAGCAGCACUCCAAAGCUGAGCUCGUCGGAUCGAAACUUGGCGAAAAACGAUUCGCAACAACUGCAAGCCAAUGCCAAUGCAUCCCCCUGUCCAGGGCCCGGGCCCGGUGGCGGCGUAGAUGGUGGCUUAGCAGCGGAUGAAGGCGAUACCGUUACGAUUAUCGAAAAUCCUUCCAACGUGGAUGUUGAAUCAAUUAAAUCUCCGUUGGCCAACAGUACCAACACGUCGGUAAGACUGAGUCUGCUUCCUUGGAAUACACAUAACCGGUCGUCGGUGGUCGUUCCGCCAAGUGUGUCGGCGGCAAUCGACAUGAUGGCUGCCAGCGAUGGCACAAUGCGACCCGGGGAGAUUGUAAUGCGAACGCUGUUUGCCGAUUUCACAGUGCAAGCGGAGAAGAAAAUAGAAACUGUUAUGCUCGAAAGCACCGAUAAAACAUUGACUAAACUGUUGCAACGGGGCGAGGAUUAUCAGUUUGAUCAGCUCCUGCAGGCUCUCGGGUCGGUUGCCGAGCACUGUCUGCCCUCGCUGUUGAAAGCUUUGCUCGCCUGGCAGUGGCACCAAAUCUGCGAUGGCGAUAUCAAACGUGAUUUGAAACGAAUGGAGACUGAACGCCAGCCCGCAACGUCGUCAUCGGCGGCGGCGGCGGCUAAACCGGGUAACGAUCUAGAAUCUCAACUGCAACGGCGGGAAGCCGCGGUGGAAUUUAUUUUCUGCUUGGCGCUGAUUGAAAUCCUACGCCAGUUCCCGUUCCAUCCGGGGCAUGACGACAUAGUUAAAAAUAUCGAGAACCUCGCCUUCCGUCAGUUCAAGUACAAAGAAGGUGCCCAGGGGUCACCGAAUGCGCUGUACAACCACAUAAUUGCCGAUUUGUACGCGGAGGUUAUCGGAGUCUUGGCGCAAAGCCGAUUUGCCUCCGUGCGGAAACGGUUCAUGACUGAGCUGAAAGAGCUGCGGAACAAAGAACCGAGUCCGCACACCACGCACAGUAUUAUCAGCCUGCUGAUGGGGAUGAAGUUUUUCCGGGUGAAAAUGGCACCGAUUGAGGAGUUUGAGGCGUCGUUCCAGUUUAUGCACGAGUGUGCACAGUACUUUCUCGAAGUGAAAGAUAAGGACAUCAAACAUGCGAUGGCCGGGCUGUUUGUGGAGAUUUUGGUUCCGGUUGCGGCGGCCGUCAAAAACGAAGUCAACGUUCCGUGUGUAAAGAAUUUCGUCGAUCUUCUGUACUCCCAAACGCUAGACGCGUGCACCAAAUCGAAGCACAAGCUAGCCCUAUUCCCGCUAGUUACCUGUUUGCUGUGCGUGUCGCAAAAGUCCUUCUUUCUCAGCAAUUGGCACUGUUUUCUGGCCAUGUGCUUGAGCAAUCUGAAGAACAAGGACCCGAAGAUGAGUCGAGUUGCGCUGGAGUCACUGUAUCGGUUGCUCUGGGUUUAUAUGAUACGGAUCAAGUGCGAGUCGAACUCGGCGACUCAUUCCAGGUUGCAGAGUAUAGUGAAUUCGUUAUUUCCGAGGGGUUCUAAAGCGGUUGUUCCGAGAGAUACUCCGCUAAACAUUUUCGUGAAGAUUAUUCAGUUCAUAGCGCAGGAACGGCUGGACUUUGCCAUGAGGGACAUUGUGUUUGAACUGCUUUGUGUGGGUCGGCCGAUUAAGAUUAUCAUGACUCCGGAGCGGAUGAGUAUUGGACUGAGAGCGUUUUUAGUGGUUGCUGAUUCGUUGCAGCAGAAGGACGGAGAGCCUCCGAUGCCAAGGACGGUUGGAGUGCUGCCUUCCGGAAAUACUCUCCGCGUGAAGAAGACGUAUUUGAACAAAAUGUUGACGGAGGACACGGCUCGCAGCAUUGGAAUGUCCAAUUACUUCCCGCACGUUCGAAGGGUCUUCGUGGACAUUUUGAGGGCUCUCGAUAUCCACUGCGGAAGACCACUUAUGAUGACGAUAAAUCAAAACCAGAACAAAGAACCGGACGAAAUGCUGACUGGUGAGCGUAAGCCGCGCAUUGAUCUGUUCCGAACUUGCGUGGCCGCCGUUCCGAGAAUCAUUCCGGACAACAUGACCGGCCACGAGCUGGUGGACAUGCUUUCCAGACUAACCAUUCACAUGGAUGAAGAGCUACGCAUUUUGGCCCACCAAUCGCUCCAAACGUUGGUGAUGGACUUCCCCGAUUGGCGUCAGGAUGUGAUUCAGGGCUUCACGCAGUUCCUAGCGCGGGAUGUUGUCGACACUUUCCCUCACCUACUGGACAACGGCCUGCGUAUGCUAUUUGCUUUCCUAACGGUUUGGAAGAACGCUCUUAAUAACAGCAGUACCAGUAACAGCAACAACAACACAUUGAAUUCAAAAUCCGGACCCAACCCAACCGGACAAAGGUUCAUCCCGCAGCAGCAGCAACAACAACAGGAUUCCAAUAAGUUACAACCACAGCAAACCGCCGCCUCGUCACUGAACGCGGCCACAAUAAAUUCCAACUCGAGUGCCAGUUCCGGAAUUUCGUCGCUUACGCAGACAACUACAAUUCCGGCGGUGGGAGCGGUCAACAACAGCAAUGAUUCCAGCAGUGGACUGGGAUCAUCGACCGGCGGUAAGAAGGGUGGCCAUGAACUGCCGCUUUCCACUACGAUGCACCUGGUGGAGGGUUUUGCCUUGGUGAUGCUGUGCAAUUGCCGUCCUGCACCGCGGAAGUCGGCCGUCAGCAUUUUGAAGGAGGUGAAAAUUCUCAUGAAGGCCCUCGGCAUCGUGGAGAGUGAACCCCCGCUGAUUGAUGUCAUCGAUAGGUGCUGCCCACAGGUGCUCGAGAGAUGCCUUCACAUGUUGCCACAGGCCGACCGCACCGCCAUGCUGAACGCCAACGUAAUCGAUCUGCAGUGGAUAGUGGACCGCAACAGCGGGGUAUGGACGGUGGGGCACAUCGAGGAUUCGGCGAAGGCUUCCACAUUGACCCUGUGCCACUCGCAGUCCUCCGGUCAGGCGUACGACCCGUGGAGUGUUUGUUUGUUCGGGUUUAUGGAGCGUCAACAUGUCCUGCAACAUUGUCCGACGGCGGUGGCACAGGCGUGGCCGAUUUGCUACCAACGGGUGACCAGUCUGUUUACCGUGAUUGAUCCGACCCCGGUCAGCGACAACCGUGCGUCGUUGCUGCGCAGUUCGGCUCCUCCGAAGAAACCCAUAUCCGAAGCUCAGCGUGAUUGGUUGGCCCAUUUGUGGAAGAAUCAGGUGGCGCUGGCCAUGCGACUUGUUCCGCAAAUGCCCAGCGUAGCGGUGCGUUGUGCCUCGCCGGAUCUCAGCCUGAGUCUGCAUGACCAGUCGGAUUCCCGCUCGCUGUCCGACUCGUUGGACAACAUUCCGUCAUCCGUGUUUGGACCAGAAGGAAUCGUAACACGUUUCACCUUACCUCUAUCCUAUGGCCGCAAAGACGCCAGACAUAAGAGACAAGGCUCGUCGCCGGAUUCGUUGUCUGCGGAUCGUAGCGAUAAGUCCAGCGGUACGACCGCAUCGCCGGUGGCCCUUUACAAACUCGUCAUUCCACUGCUACGGUGCGAAGUGACCGAUAUCCGUGAUGCUGCCGUCAAUGCGCUCGGGUUGAUAAACCACGACGCUCUGAAGGAUCUGAUGGAGGAGCUGGUGGUGUACAUCCGUGAGGCGAUCGACCGCAAACAGGAGAACAUGCGUCGCCGCCGGCGACGUGACGCCCUGCGCCUUCAGCUGGUCAGGGUGUUGGAGAAAAUUGCCGAAAAUGGCACCUUCGGCAUCAGCCCGUUUGUUCUGGAGCGGGAGUCCAUGUCGCUGCAUCCGACCUUCGUCGAGUAUAUCGAUGGGGCACGGCUCUAUCUGGAAGCGGAAACGGACAAGGAUAACAGUAGCAUGCGUGAGGUGAAAACUCAUUUCUGUGAUUUCAUUCGGAAAAUGAUUAAAAACUUCUCGCUGGAGUCGUGCGUUACGCUGUUGUCGCGGGAGCUGAAGCGGAAUCUAGUUAAUUUGUUCACCUCGUGGAGUGGGAGUCAUGCCAUUCCGUUUGGAAGCAGCGUGGUCGGAGGAAGCAGCGGUACAAGUCAUCAUGCAGUUAGCAGUAGCACCAUUAGCAGCAUUUCGGCCGACGAGGAAAAGUUGCAGUAUAGUGCGCUACUGGCAACAUCUGCGCUGCUCUGCUGUGGUCCUUGCUUUGACCCGAAUCUGUUGGCAGAGGAAGGUGCGAUCUACAACUGGCUCGAUAUGCUGAUGGAGUCCAAGGAAGAUAAGAUUUACGACUUGGCCAAGGAAACCGUAGUGCUGCUGCUCGAGUCUAACCCGGACAUAGGCCAACUGCUGGAGUGGGUUAUUGAUCGGUGCUACACCGCCUGCCCCCGACAAGCCGAUGCCUGCUUCCUGACGUUGGCAGUUAUCUUCAGUGCGCGGGAGUACCCGUGCGACCACUACACAUCGGUUAUCAACGUAACACUGCUGAUGACGGGCUGCCCCCGGGUGGAAGUCCACUCGACUGCGCUUCAGCUGCUACAGAUUCUGGAUAAACGAUUCUUCGGCAACGUGGGACCGCUGCAGACCGAAGCCGAUAGAGAGCUGGACAAAGUCGGCACCUUGGAUGCUAUUUUGAGUGGCGCAUAUUGCCGGUCCCAGAUGUACCUCUCCCGGCAAAUGGCCAGGUUGCGACCCGAGCUGACAAUGUCAAUGUUUUCCGAAAUAACACAUCGCUUCCAGACGGCUCGGUCCGAGGUUCGCGCCUUGCUGUUGCAGUGUUUGCUUCCGUGGUUGGAAAACGUGGAGCUGGUGGCCUCGAGCGUUCCACCCGCCACACCACUUUCCUACAUUAUGUACUAUCCGGACUCAUCGGGGACGCGCGGCAGACGGGAGGGCUCCGGUUCGACGGAAGCUACCGAGAUGAUUCUUAACAAUCUGUUCUACAUCACCGCCAAGUUCGCCGACUCUCACCCAUACAUUGAGGAGCUAUGGGGAACGCUGUGUCAAUUCUGGCCCAACAAUCUCAAGGUUAUCCUGCGGUACCUCCUCAUCAUCUCCGGCAUGGCCCCUAAUGAACUGCUGGCUUACGCCAAACGGGUCGCAUUGUACUUGGCCCGAUCCUGCACAAACCGGCUGCUGGACGAACUGAUGAGCGAGCUGCAAACCGUGGAAACGCUAAAUUGUCUAAUUGAGCGCACGGAGACACCGCCGUUCUACCGGCUAACGAGCAUGCGGAAAGCGUCCAGCCAUUCGGAUGGACCAGCCUCGGGCAACAACGAUCCCAAGGUGCAGGAUGUCGGCGUCGAGAAGGGAACCAUCCACACCAAACGACACAGCGGCGAGGAUCCAAUCAAAUCGGGUACCUGCAAGUCCGACAGUGCCCUCCGCACAUUUGCCAACAGCUACCGGCCUCCGAGGGGAAGCGAUAAAAUUCGUACGGCGUCCGGUCCUUGCGUGCUGCCCCGACACGAGGACGUGCUGCUGAUGAACGAAACGGAAAUGAACCAGGAGGAUAAUUUUGCCCAACUUAGGAACAAUGAACAACCGACCGCUCCGCAUCCACUGCCGAUGCCCGAGUACGGUGGCUACUUUGCGCCGCUGACGGAGUUUUUGCCAGAUGCGACCAGCCCCAUCAGCGGUUUCCAUCGGUGCAACGUGGCCGUAAUGCUGCUGACCGACAUCGUCGUGGAUGGAAUACCCGGCCUGGACUGGACGCUGCACGUUCCACUGAUGUUACACAUUCUGUUUCUCGGGCUGGACCACACACGGCCAAUUGUGCGGGACCAUUGUAAAAAGUUGCUCCUGAAUUUGCUGAUCGUGCUUGCGGAGCACAAUGACCACCUAAAUGUGGCAAAAAUCCUACUGAACAGCGAUACCGGAAAGCUUCGCUUGGGUCUGAGUGUCCCCUCGCUACCGGUCAUCGAUCACAACUUCACCGAACCGGAUCAGGAGUUCGACAGCUAUCUGUUCGGUCUCAGUGGAAACGUUCCGCAGAAUACCCUUUCGCCGGCCUCUAACCAACCGAACGAAGAGACUCCCAUCCCUACGAUUAUCACCGAAGAGAACGCCCCGCCCCAACCGGGCCCAACCAUGCCAACGGCUCACGUCAUUAAAAGCUUGAUUCGGUUCCUCUCCCAGGACAGCGCUCAGCCGCUGUGGAACUACGAGGACAUCACCGCGAAGGUGUGGACUAUUAAGUCGGCGGAACAGUUGCAGUGCUUCCUCCGGCAUAUCGUGAAGGUGUUCUCGGACAGCUAUUCUCACGCGAGAAUCGCCGAACGGUGGGCACAGACGGCGUUGCAGUUGGGGCUUAGCUGCUCCUCGCGUCACUAUGCCGGGCGUAGUUUGCAAGUGUUCCGCUCGCUCAAUGUGCCGAUCAACUCGCGCAUGCUGAGCGAUAUCCUGUCGCGGCUGAUCGAAACCGUCGCCGAGCAGGGAGAGGACAUGCAGGGUUACGUGACGGAGCUGUUGCUGACGCUGGAAGCGGCCGUUGAUAGCUUGGAUUCGGACUUUAGGCCGCUGGAUGUGAUGAAGGAUAUCUUCAAGAGUACGCCGAACUUGAACAACAAGGACGGGGCGAUGAUCUCCAGCGUGUAUGGGAAUAAGAGGUCAAGUGAUGGUAUUCCGGGGUCCCCGCAGGCUAUGAACAACAUGCUCACCGGAGGUCAUACUAGAAGCACAAGCUAUUCCAUUUCCUAUUGCUCUCGGAAGGCUGCAAACUCUCCGAUAGAUAAACAGGUGGAGUUACGCAAUCGGUCAAACGUGUUGGAGUUGGAACGCAAUUCGAACAAAUUCGGAUCUUCCCUUUCGCGAUCCCGAAGUGCACAAAGCUUGAAGCUCUUGGGUGAUACAGCUACCCAAGAUGAUAAAAUGACCAUCCUAGCACAACUGUUCUGGUUGGCAGUAUCCCUCCUAGAAAGCGACUACGAGCAUGAGUUCUUACUGGCUUUGAGACUGUUGACCAGAGUGCUCCACAGACUUCCACUAGAUCGUCCAGAUGCGCGCGACAAAGUUGAAAAGCUACAACAACAGCUCAAAUGGUCCACUUAUCCAGGCAUGCACGCACUUCUCCUAAAAGGCUGCACCCAUACGACGACCUAUGAACCAUCCAUAGCAGUUCUUUCGCAGUUAUCACCCCUCCUGAAUCUCCCGGUCUGCGAUCCCACCCAAAGUUGCGCCUUCCCCAUGAAUGUAAUCGCCCUGCUCCCGUACAUGCUUCUGCACUACGAGGACGCCAACGAAAUCUGCAUCCGAAGUGCGGAGAACAUUGCCCAAGUCUCGUCCGAAAUGGGCUUGAAGUUGGAAAACCUCGGCACCGUCAUGACCCUCUAUAGCCGGAAAACCUUCAGCAAGGAAUCAUUCCAGUGGACCAAAUGUGUGGUCAAGUAUUUGUACGAUACGUACGCCCAUAUGGGACUACACAUGUUGGCAUUCCUCACCGAAGUGAUCGAGAAGGGACCGGUUCAAAUCCAUCUGCAGGUGCUGAGUGUGAUCCAUUGUAUGCUGCACUAUAUCGAUCUGUCGUCGGUGCAGGCGCAACCGAUUGCCGGUGAUUUGCUGCGGGUUAUCUCCAAGCAUCUCGAUAGCCCCAACUGGAAGGAAGCGCUGAAAAUUCUCAAACUGGUUGUUACACGUAGCUCCAGCCUGCAGGUGGUGCCCCAGUCGACGGAAACCAGUUCGUCCUACGCCAACUUCCACGGAAGCUACAGCGAUUCGGAAGUGUUCUGCAAAAAAGAGUUGGCCGGACGCACGAUGGAGUUCUCGUUCGACGUGUCACAGACACCGCUCAUUGGGCGGAAAAUUUUGCUGAAAUCCGAAAGCGACGGCAGUGCGGCGGCAGCACUGAACUCCAACAAGAAUGGUCCGGGCGGUGCAGCAGGAGGUGUUGGAGCGGGCAAUGUUGCUCAUUACGGACACGCAGGCACGCCGAAUUCGCCGCGCCGCAGUGCAAGUCUUUCGCCGGCGGAUACGGCACCGCUGAGUGGAUGGAAACGCCCUUGGAUGUCGCAGGGUCGAGUACGUGAGUGCUUGGUGAAUCUGCUCACCACCUGUGGACAACGGGUCGGACUGCCAAAGAGUCCAUCGGAUGACGUACUAAGUUCGCUUUACUCGAAGGUCAUCUUCAGCCAAUCGUCCGACCUUCUCGAGCGUCAAUCAUCGGCAGCGUCCAGCACAGACGAAACCUCCGGCGCCCAGCAGGAUCUCAGCGGUGGCUCCAAACGGGACGACGGUCCGCCCGAUUUUGGCGUGUUCAAGGACUUCGAUUUCCUCGAGUACGAAAGCGAAAGCAUCGAGGGCGAGUCGACGGAUAACUUCAACUGGGGCGUACGGCGAAGACCGCUAUCCGAAGGAGACAGCGAACCGCUGUCGGCAGGCGGCAAAGCACACUCCAAUGUGGACGAGAGCUUGAGUGAGAAGACUCCGGUGUUGACUCGCCGCAGGAGACCCAAUGCGGACGAUUCGAGCGAUGAGGAAGUGGAGUCGGAGUCGCCGCUGGACGAGGAACAGCGUCCGAUAUUUUCCAAGACGUCCUUUUUGGGCGGUCCGCCGACUAGCUUGAGUUUGAGGGAGAGAAGGCAUCGCAGGGAUUCGGUAUCUCGCAGCGAUACCAGUGGUUCUAGCGCGGGAGAUCUGGGAGAUAUCACACCGUGUAACGCAUCUCCGCACAUGCCUGGGUUGUUGUCUUUCCGCGCUCCGAUUAGAGAUGAAAGUGAAGAAGUUUGGAGAAGGAAUCUGGUUGGUUUGCUAGUAAACCAACCUUCGGGCCACGCACCGGAUCUGUUGAAUCAGUUGUUCAAACUGAUCAAGGAACUAUCGCAUCGAUCGAUAUCUAUAUCGAAGGAAUGUAUGCGAUACUUCACAGGGACGGGUAUCCAAUUAGGCCAUCGGAUUUCUGUAUUGUCUGAUCUGCUAUCGUCAAGAGGUGAACCACCGAAGAUUUGGUAUCACCAGAGCUUGGUUACCACCCCAAGGCUGUUCGAAAACCUUAGAUACGGUGUCCUCGAAGUUCAGGAGCAUCUGGAGACAUUCUUCGACCGAAAAGACACGGUUCUCGACAGUUUGGAUGCUGUGAAAACAUCUUGCAAGCUAGCUCUGUUCACUUCCGAUAUUGACUCGGCCAACGAAGGAACCGGAUCGAACCUCAUGACCUCGAUGUCCGUCGAUCCGGCGACUACCGAAAUGCUCCUGGAUCUCGGCCGCGGUCUCUAUAAGCUGAUGUUCCAGUUGCUACUGCUGAUUGAAGCGGAUCAUAAAAUUGCCAUCAGUGUCGUGCACAAUCUCCGUCAAAACGAGAAAAUGCAGGACCUUUCCAAUCUGUACGUGUCGGUUCGGGGUGCACUGCUACGGUGCAUCGAUGACGCCGAAAUGGAAUCGCUGGACACGUCCACAUCGACGGAAGGCGAGAAUACCCCCACACCGUCCCCCGGGCUACCGAUGAAUAAUUGCGAAUUCGAGAACAGCCUGAUUGAGUUGAUAGACAACCAAAGGUGGUCAGCGGCCAUAAAUCACGUCAAGCAGCACAAACAAAUGUCAAAUCUAUCGUCGUCGAAUUACAAUCUGUCCGGCACCAGCAGCGGCGGUGGAGGUGGAAGCGGAGGUGGCAUGCAACUUGAUACGAGCUUCGGCGGUAAUUCGAGUGUGGAGCUCCGAUCGACCGAUGAUUUAUCGAUUAUACUGAACAUCUACUCGCAACGGCUGACGAAGGAGCGAAACGAUGUAUUCAUAGCGUCCCGGUCCGAGAUCGAGCUGAGCGAAAUAUAUCAAAUUCUGAUGGAGAACCUGCUGCACGUGUCGUCCGCGGUGACCAACAUGGAGAUCAGCAUGAAAACCACCAACAACACCAGCUCGUCCUCGUCGACGGUGACCACAAUGACGACCAUUCCAGCAGUGACCGGGAGCACUCCGCUUCCCCCGGGUGGCCCGACUGGGUCCGGGUCGGGUUCGACUGCGAUGCCACCGCCGCACCAGCUGGGACCAAUCAUCACCACGCUCUAGGGACAGCGCGACAUGUAAGUGACAUUCAAUGCAACGUUGUGUUUGUAUUCCGCGCUGGAGAGGAUUUCAUUAAUUGCUAUUAAUUCGUACCGGGUUUGUCCGAUAUAAUUGAAUUCAGUUGAUUCGUCGAGUCAUCGAACCACGACGACAAAGUAAAUGACAACCGACAGCCCGACCGACAGGCGGGAAAGAUGACUUCCCUCUCAGAUAGGGAUGAGCUAUGAUUUAUAGUGUCUAGCAGUAAAUUAAGUUCCAUUUCAGACAUUUUAACUUUAUCAAUUGGAGAUUAGCAGCAGUAUCAAAGUGCCUGGCGGGGGAUUAGUGGACGCGAAGAGCGACACGCGCUGAAUUUGAUACAAUCUCUUUUGGUGAUUCCUUGUGCGGCCCCCUCAGGCGACACUUUCACACAAAUGAAACUCUAAUCUUAAUUUCCACCCACACACAUUAUGAAAACUACACGUAUUAGAAGUUGUAAAAUUUUAGCAUCUAAGAGUAUCACGAAGUUUUACCAAUAAAAGCUGUACGAUUGCACUGACAAAUGGCA